UCGUUGCCGGUUUCAAAAUUGAAACAGAGAGGAAAAUGAUUUGCAAUAUUUGAAUUGGGUGCUGGUCGAAACCCUAGCUUUGAAUUCUUGUUAAGAUGAAUAGACAUUGUGUUUCAGCUUCAGCAGGGUUCACACGCAGGCAUUUCAAUUCUUUUCACCACCGAGGCAGUAAUCCAUCUCUAUUUCCACUAUUGAAUUUCUCGUAUUAUCGUUGUAGCGUCAACCCACUGGUUGCAAUGGUAUAUUUCUUUAGUUCUCAAACUCUUAACUGCCAUGAUAUGGUUGCUUGUCCCCCUUCGAUGAAUCUUGAGUUGUAUUUGCAAAAUCGCCUAUCUGGGUUUAAGUAUGUUAGCAAGCUCGAUGAAGCCCUUGCUUUGUAUGAUCAAAUGCUUCGAAUGCAACCUCGACCUUCUAUAAUUGAAUUCACGCAGCUGUUGAAUGCGGUGGUGAAGAUGAAAUGCUACUUGGAUGCUGUUUCUUUAUUCAACAAUAUGCGUGUAUUAGACAUUCAAACCGAUGAGUAUAUACUGAACGUUGUCAUCAAUUCUCUUUGUUGUUUGCGCCGAGUUGAUUUGAGUUUUGCAGUCCUCGGAAGCUUCUUCAAGAGUGGUCAUGUGCCCAACGUUACUGUCUUCAGCACCAUACUAAAAGGGCUGUUCCUUGAAGAAAAGAUUCGGGAGGCUUGUAAACUGUUUCAGAAGUUGUUUGUAGAGAAGAUAUGUGAGCCAGAUGAAUUUCUGUUAUCAAUAGUAAUUGACGGCCUUUGCAAAGCAGGAUCCACUGGCAUGGCUGUUAACUUACUUCAUCUGUUUGAGGAGAAAGGAAAUUGUAAGCCUGCUGUUGUAGCAUAUAGCACUAUUAUUGACAGUUUGUGCAAAGACAAAAUGGUGAAUGAUGCUCUUGUGCUAUUUGCUGAAAUGAUUAAAAAGGGCAUUGCUCCCAAUGUUGUGACCUAUAAUUCACUGAUUCGUGGACUUUUCAGUUUUGGUCGAUGGAAAGAGGCUGUAGGGAUGCUGAAACAGAUGGUGGACUUUAGGAUUUGUCUAGAUGUGCAUACAUACAGCAUUUUGGUUGAUGGCUUCUGCAAGGAGGGAAGGAUUGAAGAUGCUGUGAAAGUCAUAGAGGAAAUGAUUCAAGACAGGGUUGAUCCUGAUGUCGUUACAUACAAUGCAUUGAUGGACGGAUAUUGUUUACAAGGACAAAUUAAAAAUGCAGUUGAAGUCCUAAAGACCAUGAACUGUAGGGGAUGCAAACCUAAUACUCGUAGUUAUAACAUUCUGAUGAAUGGAUAUUGCAAGAUUGGGAGGAUAGACAAGGCCUUGCAAAUUUUUCAAAAUCUUCCCCAAGAAAGGUUGAAGCCCUCCACUGUUUCCUACAAUACUAUAUUGCAAGGUUUAUUCCAAGCAGGGAGAUGCGAUGCUGCCAUGAAGCUUUUCAAUGAGAUGGAAGCUAGGAACGAAGGUCUGAGUCUUGUCAGCUACAAUAUCCUUUUGGACGGCUUCUGUAAGAACCAUUGUGUAGCUCAAGCACUUUCACUACUGAGUGUAAUGGAAGAUAAGGGUUUGGUUCCUAAUAUAAGGUCCUACAAUAUUGUCAUAGACGGACUGUUCAAAGAUGGAGAGCAUGGUAGUGCAGUGGACCUAUUCAAUGGCCUUCGUUCUAAAGGUUUGCAGCCGAAUGAUAUAACUUAUACUUGCGUGCUAAGUGGACUUUGCCAAGAAGGUCUGCUAGAAGAUGCAAAACAUCUCCUCAGCAAAAUGGAGAACAGUGGUUGCAUGCCCAGUAGUGUGGCAUACAAUGUUCUUGUUCGUGGAUUUGUUAAAAUGCAUGAGCAUCGUGAGGCCAUUGUACUGUUGCAGAAAAUGUUGAGGUAUGGAUUCUCACCUGAUAAUAGUACUUGCGAGAUUGUACUUGAUUCAAUCCUGCGGGAAGGACAAGAUUCCACUCUUCUUCACAUGAUUCAAAAUACAUUGGAAAAUGACAAAAUGGCCAACCCUUAGUGGAAGUGUAUGUAUUUUGGUGUUGUACAUGAUGUCCAUAUAUUUUAUUGAAGGUGGUUGGAAACUUCUCAAUAAUAUAUGGGUUCAGAGACAGGAUCAGAAGAUGUAAAGGAUAUAACCAAAUCAUCCCCUGCAAAUGAACUUGAAAUGGAAAAUGUUGAGAUGUUACCUCACUUUUCAGAUGUCAUCAAAACUCCUUGAAUCUUGUGAACAUGACCAAUUUGCUAUAUCACACAAAUGCAGACAGCACCCAAUGGAAGAAUUUUGGACACAAUAGGCCUGUUCUUGUGAGCUUCUUAUUUAGGAUGUAUAUGCAGCAGCAGCAGCAUAUAAUUUGGAGCAUACAAUUAUUACCCAGAAACUGGAAUUCAAAGAUUGAAGAUGGCAGGCCAGUAUUGGGAUACGAUUUCCUAACUAUGAGUAUAUUAUUAUCAUUCCAUAUUUCCAUUUCCUGGCAAGUAUGAACAAUCCACAGAUCAUUUCAUGAUAGCAUGCUUAACAAUAUAAAUGAAGAUUACAAAACACUGUGUGACACUGUGACAGAAUGCAUACUAGUAAGUAGUAAUGAUAUAUACAGUAGCAGGAUGGCGCGCAAUGUGCUCAGCAAAAUGCCUGGUAAGGUUCUUUGUAAGGCUGGUAUUGGGAAAAGUAAUGUAGUAGACCACAAUACUAGUUUGUGAAUAGAUGUGGACAAUCUAUAAAGAAGGAAUAGUUAGGUUCAUUUAUACCUACACACAAUAAAAGAACAAAAUAUUAUAGAA